GCUAAGGAAGUAUAAUAAACAUUUGUUAUUGGUCCCAGGUGAGAGCAAGCCCAUUUAUUGUGAUUUUCAAAUUCAGUUUAUGAAAAUAAGACAAAAUAACAUAAUGGAGUACGUUCGAUAAGCAUUGAAAUUAGUGUUUUUUACUGUGAUAAGGAGCUUAAUCUUCCGCACUGAGUUUUACGUAUUUUCCUGAAGAAAAGGAAAUAAUUUUCUUAGAAGAAAAAAAACAAUUUUUCUGCAGGUCAGAGGCUAAAAACAUUUGAGCACAGAUAUUUUCAAAGUACUGUAGUUAAUUACAGAGUUGUGUAUAUUGACAGUCUUCAACAAGCAACAAUGCCUAGAGUUGAGUACGAAAUGCUCUUUCACAGUAGGAAUCCGGAGAGAGGAUAUACUUCAAAUUUGGCAAAAUUAUACGAAGAGGGCGACGAUAUUGAAGAACUCACAAUAACUAAGAAACAUGAACAUUCCGAAAAUGGUGAACCGCCUGAAAAAAAAACUGAUAAGAAAAAGAGUAAAACCUACAGAGAAAAAGUACCGUUUACAUUCAAAGAAUCUGUGAAAGUGCUAGUCCUACAUGUGAAGAGAAUUCUUCAAAAAAUUUCUGAAAAAAGGGGGCCCGUUGAAAAGUUUGUUGUUGGUAAAACACACGCCAGAAAACUGAAAAAAGUACCGUUUGAUCCUUUCAAAUUUAACUCAUGGCGACUUGCCGAUGGCGUUAACGGACGGUGGAGGAAUUUCUACGAAAAGGAAGGAUACCACGGUUUGAUUGUUCUCUGUGCAAUAACAAAGGAUCUCCUCCCAAGGCAAGACUCAAAUAACAAGCCUCAGUUGCGUCUCACGCCGUCUGCAUCUGCGUCUCUCCAUGAAGCAGACGACAGCGAGGAGGAAGUUGAAUGCGAGCUCUACCACCAGCAGCACUAUAUUCUCGCCCUUGAACAGCAGCUCAUCCACUAUUUCGCCUAUGUGGAACAGGAUCCACGCCUGGGAAAUCUGUCCGUGUCCACCGGAGGUAUGGAGCGACAAAACGCCAUCGCUGGUGUCCUCUAUGUCGCAUUCAAACUGAAAACAGAAGAAUAAAACAAGGAGUGUUGACUAUGUGUUUGUACCCCAAGGAUGAAUGUAACAAACUCAUAUCAUUAAAAUAUUAAAUCAGUUUCUUUAGAAAAAUUAUAGCGGCUGAAGAAUGUUUGGACAUUAAUACAGAUUUACUUUGUAAACGUUUUGUUUUGAUAAUGUCAUCAUUUAACCCGCUUAUAUGGAGCACAGAAGAAUUUAUAAAAGCAUCUUUGGGUUAUUUUCAGAGAAUAGAAACAGAAAAGCACAAUGACUCUUACGUUUCAUAUUCAAUUUUCUUUAAAAAUAGCAUUUGUUCUUCAUGUCAUGUACAAACUGACAAACGUAUAGUUGUAUCUAUUAUACACUGGAGCAUUAUUUUUACGGACGAAGCACGGAAAUCAAUCUCUUUUAUGAGUGUAAAAUAUUUAGAUAAAAAACAACGACAAUGUAUUGAUAUGAUACCAAAUUUUAAUUAGCAAACGACAUGCAAACCGAAAUAAAUUU